CUUCCUCUAAAGUGUAAAUUGAAGCCCCAAAUGGCGGAUUGAAAAGUGCAAGACACAGAGAUCAAAAAUGGGGGGAAAUCCGAAAGUACUCGAAAUCUAUGAGCUUCCAUAUUCCGACCUCUUGCUCUUGUCUGCUGCUUACCAUUCUUCAUCUUCACUGCAAGAGAACCAACGGAUUGAAUCCAUAACCAAAUCCAUACUUGAAGCCCUAGGUCCCAAUGGACCUGGUCUUCUUGCAAUCACCGGCGUCCCCAAUUCUUCUGUUCUCCGGCGAGCAUUACUUCCUCUCGCUCGCAAGCUCGCCUUGCUCAAUCCCGAUCAUCGCAAACAGAUUCUUAAGGAUCAUAACUUAGGGAGUGAUGUUCCCUUAAGGAAUCCAGAAAGAAGCGUAUCUUCUUUUGCAAUGCAACUCAAAUAUACAGAAAGUAAAGAAUUCAUGCAGAAUAACCAAAGUCAAAUAGAGGAUAAGCAAUCAUCUGGUUCAGAACUUGAUUCUUUUUGUCAUUCAAUCGAGAACAAACUCAAGGACAAUGAGUUUGAACAUCUCGGUAAUUCAUUUAAAGAGUUGGGAAGCUGCAUGAUGGAACUGGGGCUUCGCAUUGCACGUAUAUGUGAUCGGGAAAUCGGUGGUCGAGAGUUAGAAGAGAGCUUGUUGGAGUCAUGCACUGCAAAAGGCCGUCUCAUACACUACCAUUCAGCUCUGGAUGCUCAGCUUUUAAGAAAACCAGCAAACAGCAAGGGAACUGCAAGAAACCAAGCUAGUUCUCGAAGAAAUAGAGAGCAAAGCAUACAAAGUAGACACGAUCCAUCAGAUAGGAAGGGACUAUGUCAAUCAAGUACAAAUCUAUGGCAGCAAUGGCAUUAUGACUAUGGUAUCUUCACUGUUCUAACAACGCCCAUGUUUCUUUCGCCAUCAAAUACACUUGAAUCUGGACUGCAAGAUCUAUGGUGCUGCAGCGAACGUACUUCUCCCAGUGGGCACUUGUAUUUGCAAAUUUUUGAUCCGUGUAAGAAUGACGUUUUCAUGGUUAACUCCCCACCAGAAAGCUUUAUCAUCCAGGUGGGCGAAUCGGCUGAUAUAAUAUCGCGAGGGAAGCUUCGAUCCACUCUUCACUCUGUGAGCAGACCUUCUAAGCAAGAGGAUUUGUGCAGAGAAAUGUUUGUUGUAUUCUUGCAGCCAGCUUGGAACAAAACGUUUUCCAUGUCUGGCCAUCUCACUGAAAGCUCAAUGUUACCUGAGGACAGAAAAGAUCUUGUUGAAGAGGAGGGAACCUUAAUCACUCGAGAAAUCCAGAAAAUAGUUCCACCAUUAGUGUCUAGAUUGAAGGAAGGGAUGACAUUUGCGGAGUUCUCACGUGAAACAACCAAGCAAUAUUACGGGGGAAGUGGUUUGCAAUCCAAUAGAUGAUUUGGUUCUUCAGUUGAGAGCUAUGAGAUGAGAGUUCAAAAUCGGAGCAAAACAUAAGCAUCAAAAUAAUCAGAACUGGCUUUAAGAAAAGAGGAGAAAGCAGUAGCAGCCCUGAAAAUAGAGCAUUGAUUUGUAGACGCAGAAUCCUCCAGCAUUAGGGUGUGAAAUAUAAACCAUGUACGUACAUCUCUAAAUCCCUGAAGUACAUACAAAUUAUAGUGUCAUAUAUUUCUCAGAUUCACACAGGGACAAAAAGGGAGUAGGAAAAUCUUGUUGAUCAAGGUUUGUGAUUGACUAAUGUCCAGUGUGGUGUCCUGAAGCAAAGUGACGGAGAAGGAAAAAAGCAUUCCUGUUCAUGACUCUGCUACCCUAAAAAGAGCCGACAGAGAGAGGAGGCUGAUGACAUCCAAAUAGAUUUCCACAGCAGCCCAAAUGAAAUGAUCAAAGAGUAAAUGAGGAGAUUCCCUGAUUCAUAUGAUAUAUACUCAGAAAAUGAUUGAGGCCAAACAGCCAUAGACCAGUAUAGAGGUUUUACCCAGAGGAAAUAAAAUCUGCAGCAGCCAUGAAAAUGGAACCAGAGGUUAGAAUAUUUAAACCCUCAAAUGGAAUAAACAUGGCAUUUGUUUUAGAGCUUUGAAAAUGGUGUUUGAUGGAAAUGUCUGUAUUUAACCUGAAUCCAUUCCAAACACAAGAAGAAUCAACAAAGCUCCAACCAAGAAUGGACCAAGGAAAUUGAAUUCAAUCACUCUUCUGGCUGAGUCCAAAGAGUGAGUAGUGGUUUUAGAAAAAAAAGAUUUAGUUAGAAUUGAUUUUGCAAAAUUAAUUUUUAAGCAAUCAAAUUUUUGUCGGGGGAAUGUGGCUUCCCUUAUGAUCACCAAAGAAGAACCACUAGUGAUAUUUCAAAAAUCAAUUUAAAGCCCUUUGUUAUUUUUAGAAAAAUCAA